CCAGGCACCCGUCCUGAUAGCCACACCACUGGGUUGGUGCCCAUCCCCUGUCCUGGAGGCAAAGGUCUCUGGUGGUGUCAGUGUGCAAGCGCAGAGCAGCCGGCCGGCAGCAUCCCCAGUGACGUGGCCACAGGCUUGCUGGCAGGAUGGCAUGGCGCUUGCUGGUGCUGGUCCCCUUCCUCCUGACAGCAGUUUCAGGCAACACAGCCCCAUUUUUCAACAUGACCGUCGUCUACGUGCCUGAAGACCUGGAGCUGGGCCAGUAUGCUUUCCAGCUGCAGGCUACUGACUUAGACGGGGACAAGCUCACCUACAGCAUCGGCGAGACCUUCUACUUCUCUGUCAAUAGCCAGACAGGCAAUGUGACGCUGAGGAACUAUCUGGACCGUGAGACCCUGCCCAGGUUCACCGUAGCGGUCAGCGUGUUCGAUGGGGUAAACGAGCCGGUCUCCAGACAGCUUACAGUCAUCGUGGAGGACCGUAACGACAACGCCCCAGUCUUCCAGGGCCUGCCGUAUCAAGCCUCCAUUCCUGAGAACAUGACGCUCAACAGCACCGUCUUCACCGUGUUUGCCAACGACAGCGACACUGGGGAUGCCUCCAAAGUCAGCUACAGCAUCAGGGAGGUGAUCCCAGACAGCAAGAAUAAUCUCUGGCUCUUCUACAUCCUGCCCAACGGGAAAGUGGUGCUCAAUGGCUCACUGGACUAUGCCAGGAACACCUUCUACCAGCUCAAGAUCUUUGCCAAGGACGGUGGAGGGUUGCUGCACAACAAGCUGGUCUUCCAGGAAAGCUGGACCUACCUGUCCCUGACUAUUCUUGACUUGCCCAACCUGGACCCACAGUUCCUCAACGAGCCCUACUCCGGCUCUGUGCCUGAGAACUGUGACCUGGGCACCACUGUGCUGACCGUCACCGCCAUGGACAGAGACACGGGGGUGAAUGAUGAAAUCUCCUACAGCAUCGCCAAUGCCAGCAUCCCCUUUGCUAUUGAUCCUAAGACGGGCACCAUCACUGUGAGUGAGCCCCUGGACCGUGAGCAGCUGCCAAGUGAGAAGGUGCUGCUGGAAGUCAAGGCACGUGAGGAGAACAUGGACAUCCAUGGCAAGGUGGCCCAGGCUAGCACCCUCGUGACAGUCCUGGUGACUGAUGUCAAUGACAACAAGCCCCAGUUCUACCACUGCUCCCUUCCCAGCUGCAACUUCUCCACCAGUGCCCAGAACAACUUCAGGGGCAGCAUCAUAGAGCAUUCCUCCUCCAGACUGCCCGUGUCCAACCUCAGCAUCGUCGCACACGACCCGGACGAGGGCAUCAACAGCAGCUAUGAGCUGCACCUGCAGGGUCCGAAUGCCAGUGCCUUCACUGUCUCCCCACCAAAGAUCGCGGGCACAGGGGAGGUCCAGCUCUUGGUGCAAAACCCAGCCGCUGUGGACUACGAGAUAAGCCAUGUCAUGAUGGUGCAGAUCGUUGCUAAUGACACAGGGAACCCCACGGACUGCUGCUCCACGGCCACUGUAACCAUCGAUCUCAUUGACAGCAACGACCACAUCCCUGAGUUCCCUCAGAGCACCUACAACCUGAACGUGAUGGAGAACUGCCCCGAUGGCACCAUCAUCGCCCCAAACAUCACGGCCUAUGACCCGGACAGCGGUGUCCUGGGUGAGAUCACCUACCAGCUGCUGCCGGAGACCAUCCAUACAAUCUUCACGGUGAAUGCCACGACUGGGACAGUGCUGGUGCAGAAUGGGAGCUUGCUGGACCGUGAGACUCGCUCCAUCUAUUACGCCAACCUCCAGGCCAAGGAUGGGGGCAACCUGGUGGGCACCACUGUGCUGGAGAUCACCGUGCUGGAUGCCAACGACAUGGUGCCCAUCGUCACCGGCUCCUACUUCAUCUCGGUGGAAGAGGGGCAGAACAUCAGUACGCAGAUCCGGGCCAUUGACAACGAUGAGCCUGGCAGCCCAAACAGCAACUUGGGCUUCAGGAUCCUACCAGGACCGUUCAGCGAAAACUUCACCAUCAACGAGACCACAGGUGAGAUGCACAGCAAGGAGCCACUGGACCGUGAGGCCUUGGAAGAUGAGCAGGGUCGGAUGGUGGUGACAGUGUUGGUGUACGACCACGGUGUACCACAGCUCAACACCUCGGCGAACGUCACCAUCACUGUGGGGGACUUAAACGACAAUGCACCCGUGUUCCUCAAUCAGUCCUAUGAGUUCUCAGUCUUUGAAGACUCCCCAGGGUCCUUUGUGGGUCAGGUGCAGGCCACAGACGCUGACCGGACGGAGAUCAAUUACCGCAUUUCCUUCCUACUUCAGAGGGGCAGCGGCUCCAGCAACUUCUUGAUCCGCUCGUCCCGGCUGGGGCUAGGGCACUAUGGUGGGCAGCUGUCUGUGGACCCCGACAUGUCCCUGGACUACGACUCCAUGCAGCAGAAGUUCUUCUCCUUGGUGGUGCAGGCAGAGAACACGGCAGCAGACGUGGGGGACACUGCCGAUGUCUCGGUGGUGGUCCACAUCCUAGACGUCAAUGACGAGCCCCCCAGUGUCCUGCUUCCCUCUCCAGGCAACGUACACGUGAGCGAGAACAACACGCAGCAGGGUCUGGUCCUCACACUGGUCGCCUCUGACGCAGACACCAACCACUCGCUGGUCUUUGAGGAGCUGGAGGUUGCCUGCUUCAAGGGGACGAUCAGCGCUGGGGAGGUGUGCUGGGACUGGUUCGUGCUGGCACCCAAUGGCUCGGUGCUGGUGAACAGCUCGGACAUUGACUACGAGCUGUGCGACGUGGUGGAGCUCACACUGCGGGCUGAAGACCUGUACACCGAGAAGGGCAACCGCUACAGCCAGAACGAAACCCUGAGGAUCCUCAUCACCGAUGUGAAUGACAACACGCCACUCUUCCUGCCCAUCUCGGAGACCUUUGUGGUUGUCCCUGAAGUCUCUCCUGUGGGCCUGCAAGUGGCUACGGUGAAGGCCACAGACGCUGACUCGGGGUUGGCAGGAACCAUCACCUUCUCCGUUGCCAGUGUGGUGCUCGUGGAGGACAACGGGGCCAGCCAGCUCUUAGACAGUCUCUUCAAUGUGGAUGCAAUGAAAGAGGGGGACACCUACGUCGGGACCAUCCGGGUGGCCAGCAACCUCGAUAGCUCGCUGAAGGGGCAGUACCAGCUGACGGUGGAGGCUCGGGACGGAGGCCUACCAGUGCACACAGCACAGACCGUGCUGAACAUCUUCGCAGUGGAUCAGAGCUACCGCGUUCACCUCCAGUUCAUGGAAACGGUGGAUAAAGUCCAGACUAACUCCGAACGUAUCAAAGCGGCCCUGACCACCGCGACUAAGGCAGGGGUCUACGUGGCAGCCAUCCGGAGCACAGAGGACACCCGUGCCCCCCAGGUGGAAGCCAAGUCGGUGAUGGAGGCGUACUUCGUCUACAGCAAUGGCACUGCCCUGGACGUCAACCAGCUGAGCGUGCUCAUACAGACCGACCCGCAGAUCCUGGCUGAGCUGGUCAACCUGGGCCUGGCCGUCAUCGGCCCCGGGGAGGUGGUAAAGCCCACCAGGGAGACAGAGCUGAUCGGCAUCAUCGCGGGGCUGGCGGCGUUCCUGCUCAUCUUCAUCCUCAUCGUGACCCUGGUCUUGGUUCUCACCACCAAGAGCUACAAGAGGAAGCUGAGUGCGAUGAAGGCUCUGAAGGCGGCCACGACGUUCAGCCCUGCCAUGGCGCAGCAGGGAGCUGGCAUCCCUGGAACCAACCAGUACAAUGCAGAGGGGGCCAACCCCAUGCUGAACCUCUCGAUCGAUCCCUCCCAUGACCUGGGCUUCCACGAGGACUCCGUCUCUGUGGCCAGCAUGAAUUCCCUGGAUGAAAACACAGUAAACGCACCUGCAGACAACAACCCUGGGGACAAGCAGGGCCAAGUGCAGCUGACAGACCCCAGUGACGAGGAGGUGCUGGUGGCCGCCCUGAAUGGGAAGGAGCCCACCAAAAUGGCAUACAUCAACACCACCUUCACCACCACCGACUUGUGAGCGGGCGUGCACAGCGCAGCGGGGCCAGAGCCGGACUCAGGCAGCUGCUUCGGUGAUGUUGUGUUCAGAGGCUGGCAAUAAACCUGUC